AAAGAUGAUCCAUUUUCAUUUUCUUUUAAUCUUCACCAGUCUUCUUCAGCAGUCAGUUGUCAGUUCAACCUCCUGCUCACAAACCAUUUUCUCUCUCCUAAAUUUUCUCUCUCUUCCUCUCAAUCACUGUUUCUGCACUUUGGCGUGAACGUUUCAUUUUACUGCACUCCUUUCCUUUUUUUCGAUUCGAUCAACAUUCAAUACCCUUUUCUUUGAAUCAAAUUUUGGUAGUAUUAUAUAAUGCAAUUCAAUUCACUUUAGAAAUCCCCAAUUUAGGGUUUUUGAUUUCUCUUUAAUGGCUAUCAGAGGCGUCGAUUUCAAAUGGUAUGAUGGAUUCUUCCUGUCGAUGCUCGCCACUAGUGUAAUUAUAGUGGCUAUUAACUGGAAACGCUACCAUCUUUGUACACACCCUUUGCACAUAUGGAUUGUGGUUGAUUACACUACUAUUUUUGUGUUUCGACUUUUGAUGUUUGUGGAUAAUGGACUCUCGGCUGGAAUGGGACCGGACUUUGGCUGGCAGCAGAGGUAUGCUCGCUUUUGUGGUAGAGUAGCAGUUCUCUCAGUCCUCUCUCUGUUACUCUAUCCCUUUCUUUGGGGAUGGACUGUCAUCGGCACCUUGUGGUUCACCAAAGCCAAAGAUUGUUUGCCUGAAGAAGGUCAAAAAUGGGGUUUCUUGAUAUGGUUAAUGUUUAGCUAUUCAGGACUAUUUUGCAUUGCUUUCUUUUGUGUUGGAAAGUGGCUGUCACGAAGGCAAGCUCACAUGCUCCGAGCUCACCAGGGUGGAAUUCCUGUUUCGGAGUAUAGGGUGUUGAUCGACAUGAUACGUAUACCUGAUUGGGCAUUUGAAGUUGUUGGGCAAGAGAUGAGAGGCAUGGGCCAAGAUGCUGCUACGUACCAUCCUGGGCUUUACUUGACUGCAGCUCAGAGGGAAGCAGUGGAAGCUCUUAUUCAAGAACUGCCAAAGUUCAUGUUGAAAGCUGUUCCAAUCGACUGCAGUGAAUGUCCUAUCUGCUUGGAGGAGUUCAGCGUUGGAAAUGAGGUUCGUGGCUUACCUUGUGCUCACAACUUCCAUGUUGAGUGCAUAGAUCAAUGGCUCCGGCUGAAUGUGAAAUGUCCUAGGUGUCGCUGCUCCGUAUUUCCAAACCUUGAUCUUAGUGCAAUAUCCAAUCUUCGUGCCGAUUCAGAACAGGAACGACCCUCAUCUACUGUUGUGACAGCGACUCAAUAUGCUAGAGCCCAAACUCCUAGCCAAAGUCAUCGCUUGAGGUUACAUGGUUUGUUGCGUCCUGUAAGGACUAUAAACGCUGGACCUGGUGAAUCAGAAAAUGCCUUGGAAGUUGCUGAAAAUGGAGGGUUGCAUCUGAAUCCAGGCCUUGCUCGUGUGAACCCCUCACCCUAUGCUGCUGAGCAUGAUGCUGCUGCACCGUCUUCAGCCCCUCCUCACUAAGGCAUUCCAGAUACCUUAAAUUUUUUGGCAUUUUACUUAGCUGCAAAUGCUUGUCCGCUAUGGUAGAGAUGAAAUGAAAGUAAAGCAGCCUCAUAGGAUAAAGUCGGGAUUCGGGAAUGAUAUGUGAAGGAACUCACUUUUGGUCUCAGGGAUUUGCCGAGUAAGAAAUCGGCACUAAUAUUUGCCCUGAGUUUAAUUGAAUGAAAUGUACAUAAUGCUAACCAGGCUUCAUUUACCUGGAUAACUGGAAGGAAAGUUAUUCAGGUCAAUGUAUGCACCUUCUACGCAAAAAGAGGAAACCAUGACAGUGCAUUUGCCUUGUGAAUAGCUUAUCUCAUGAGAAUGACUGAAUGUCUCGACUUUAUGAUAUUUUGUUGUCAAUACCGCAAUAUCAGUAGGUGAGUUUGAUUGUUUGCAUGCUUCAA